GGAUAUUUACUUCUUUGAUUAUGUAUUGAUUUAGCUGCAUGGACAACGUUAAUAUUGUGAAUUAAGUUUAUGCUUGUAGUUUAUUCAUUAACUGGAUGGAAUUAUUAUCCUCCUUUGCUAUGCAGUCAAACAGUCAUUAUCGUGCGGGUUUCAUCUAACUGUUUAGGUAAGAUUUAUAGUGACCUUGUUGGAAGUCAAUAUUAUGUUGCCCCAGAAGUCUUGAAGCAUGAGCAUGGCAAGGAGAUAGAUGUAUGGAGUGCUGGGAUCAUUUUAUACACCCUUCUAAGUGGAGCGCCACCAUUCUUGGCAGAGACUGAGCAAGGUGUAUUUGAAGAAAUUUUAAAAGGUGAACUUGACUUGGAAAGCACACCAUGGCCAACCAUAUCAGAGGGUGCAAAGGACCUUGUCAGAAAUAUGUUAACAAUGGAUCCUAAGAAACGGAUUACAGCUGCCAAAGCCCUCGAACAUCAAUGGUUAAAGGUGGAUGGUGAAGCAUCUGACAGACCUAUUGAUAGUGCUGUUCAAGGCAGGCUUAAGCAAUUCAGAGCAAUGAACAAGCUCAAGAAACUUGCCUUGAAGGUAAUAGCAGAAAACCUUUCAGAAGAAGAAAUUGCAGGCUUGAAAGAGAUGUUCAACAACAUUGACGUUGACAGAAAUGGAAUGGUCACAUUCGAAGAGCUCAAAGAUGGACUGUCCAGAAUCGGAUCUAAACUACCAGAGGCAGAAAUAAAGGAGCUACUGGAUGCUGCUGAUGUUGACAGUAGUGGAAUGAUUGAUACCACUGAGUUUAUUGCUGCUACUAUGCAUCGGCAUAGGGUUGAGACCGAAGAGAACCUGUCCAAGGCAUUUCAGUUCUUUGACAAGGAUGGCAGUGGGUUUAUCACAAGAGAUGAAUUAAGACAGGCCAUGACUAGGUAUGGAAUGGGGGACGAGGCAACAAUAGAUGAAAUCCUCAACGAUGUUGACACUGAUCGGGAUGGAAGAAUAAAUUACGAUGAAUUUGCAGCCAUGAUGAUGACUGGAACACCAGACCCUGGUGUGAGACACAGAUAAGCAUCUCCUAAUACCAUGUAAACACAAUUAAGCUACCCGGUCAAAUGUGGAUCAAGUAUACUUUGAUCCUUGGCUCUAGGGUUUGUAUUAAUAAAUGGUGAUGUUGAUGUUGUUAAUACCAUUAAACUCCAUAUCUGGAUAUAUGAAUAAAGUUUUACCCUGUAG